AACUGAGCUUUGGUGGAUUGCUUCAGGACAGCUGCACUUUUCUGGAUAGGUCAACCAAAUUUUUCAAUGAUCACUUUAGUCAAAUGGUGCCUGUGAUGGGAGUGGCCCUUUAUGAAGGUAAAAAGAGACUGAAUUUUGUCUCCCACAAUGACUAAGACUAACCUGAAAGCUUACUGAUGCGUGUUUCUGGUUUCUGUUGAACUGAAGCAAUGACUCCAGUUGUGUUGUUCCCUUUAUCUGAAUGAAACGCUUGUAGAACUGUCAUCUGUUCAGGCGUAGAUGUUUUGUAAGAGCGUCUUUCCUGCAGGGAUGGAACAAGUAGGGGUAGUGGGAAGCCAAGUCGUUUCUCCUGGAUUUUUAGGUGUCUCAAACAGGUUGCUACUCCAUAUGUUCCAUUUUUCAAUUGAAACUUACUAUUAUCUUUGUUUUAUUUAAAAAAAAUGCUCACAGCUGUAUUAAAAAUAUUAAGGUUGAAUAACUGCUGUUUGAAUUUUUCAGCUCUUUAACGGUAUGAUACAUUCACGUGUAUCUUAAACUUAGGAGGGGCUAUACCAUGGCACCCAGCUUCAGUUUUGGUAACUUAAAUGUCAUAGACACUCCUACUAAUCAUAUUUAUUUUUGUUUUGUUUUUAUUCUAAAUUCCUUGCACCCCAGGUAUUGCUUGGUUUGUAGCAUAGAGGCACUAUGUACUCGGAGUGGAGAUCCUUGCAUCUUGUCAUUCAAAAUGAUCAAGGUAAUACAAGUGUACUUCACAGCUAUCCUGAAAAUGUGGGGAGAGAAGUUGCAAAUGCAGUGGUACGUCCUCUUGGGCAAGCCUUAAUUACAUCAUCGGUUGGAAGUGAGAGUUUACUAAAAACGGACAAAGAAGUAAAAUGGACUAUGGAGGUGGUUUGCUAUGGACUGACCCUCCCUCUGGAUGGCGAUACUGUGAAAUACUGCGUCGAUGUAUAUACAGAUUGGAUUAUGGCUCUUGUAUUACCUAAGGACUCCAUUCCUUUACCAGUUAUUAAGGAACCAAACCUUUAUGUUCAAAGCAUUCUCAAACAUCUCCAAAAUCUCUUUGUACCAAGGCCAGACCCUGGGUCUAGUCAGAUUAGGCUGUGCUUGCAGGUUUUGAAAGCUGUCCAGAAACUGGCUCGUGAAUCAACAAUUAUGGCGAGAGAGACCUGGGAGGUUUUGUUAUUAUUCCUUCUUCAGAUUAAUGACACUCUUCUAGCAGCUCCAACUGUGCAAGGUGGCAUUGCUGAGAAUCUGGCUGAAAAAUUGAUUGGCGUGCUGUUUGAGGUGUGGUUACUAGCUUGCACACGGUGCUUUCCGACACCACCUUACUGGAAAACUGCCAAAGAGAUGGUGGCCAACUGGCGACAUCACCCAGCCGUAGUUGAGCAGUGGAGCAAGGUUAUCUGUGCCCUUACUUCCAGAUUGCUGCGUUUUACAUAUGGGCCUUCAUUUCCUCCAUUUAAAAUUCCUGAUGAAGAUGCAGGUCUGAUUCCUCCUGAAAUGGAUAAUGAGUGCAUUGCUCAAACAUGGUUUCGCUUUUUACAUAUGCUGAGUAAUCCUGUGGAUUUGAGUAACCCAGCCAUUAUUAGCUCUACCCCCAAAUUUCAGGAGCAGUUUCUGAAUGUGAGUGGAAUGACUCAAGAACUGAAUCAGUACCCCUGCCUUAAACAUCUGCCUCAAAUAUUCUUUCGUGCCAUGCGUGGGAUCAGCUGUUUAGUGGAUGCAUUCCUAGGCAUUUCUCGACCCCGGUCAGAUAGUGCACCCCCCACACCAGUAAAUAGGCUGAGCAUGCCCCAGAACACUGCUAUCAACACAACUCCACCCCAUAACCGAAGGCAUCGGGCCGUGACUGUGAAUAAAGCAACAAUGAAAACCAGCACUGUAACUACUGCACAUACUUCAAAAGUGCAGCACCAGCCCUCCUCUACGUCUCCGCUCUCUAGCCCAAACCAGACAAGUUCUGAGCCACGGCCACUACCAGCUCCUCGCAGGCCAAAGGUUAACAGCAUCUUGAACCUCUUUGGAUCAUGGUUGUUUGAUGCAGCAUUUGUUCACUGUAAACUUCAUAAUGGAAUAAAUAGAGACAGCAGCAUGACUGCAUCUUUUAUCCAAAUUCUUCUUUCUUAUAAAUCUUCUAUAGCAACUCAAGCUAGCGUGGAAUUUCGCCGAAAAGGAUCACAAAUGUCCACAGAUACAAUGGCUUCCAAUCCUAUGUUUGAUGCAAGUGAAUUCCCAGACAACUAUGAAGCAGGAAGGGCAGAGGCGUGUGGGACACUGUGUAGGAUAUUUUGUAGCAAGAAGACUGGGGAGGAAAUAUUGCCAGCUUACUUAUCCCGAUUUUACAUGCUUUUAAUUCAGGGUUUGCAGAUAGCAGAUUUCGUUUGCCACCCCGUUCUGGCCAGUGUUAUUCUAAACUCCCCUCCUUUGUUCUGCUGUGACCUGAAAGGGAUUGAUGUCGUGGUUCCUUAUUUCAUUUCGGCUCUUGAAACUAUUUUACCUGACAGAGAACUCUCAAAGUUUAAAAUCUAUGUAAACCCCACAGAGUUAAGAAGAGCUUCUAUUAAUAUCUUGCUGUCUUUGUUGCCUCUCCCUCAUCAUUUUGGAACCAUAAAGUCUGAGGUUGUCCUAGAAGGAAAAUUCAGCAAUGACGACAGCUCAACGUAUGAUAAGCCAGUAACCUUCCUUUCCUUGAAGCUGAGGCUUGUGAAUAUACUCAUAGGAGCUUUGCAAACUGAAACAGAUCCCAACAACACUCAAAUGAUACUAGGUGCAAUGUUAAAUAUUGUUCAAGACUCAGCACUGUUAGAAGCCAUUGGCUGUCAGAUGGAAACGAAUGGUGGCGAAAAUAACCUCUUUAAAAGCCACAGUCGAACUAACAGUGGCAUUAGUACUGCGAGUGGAGGCAGUACGGAGCCGACAACUCCAGAUAGUGAGAGACCAGCACAAGCUCUUUUAAGGGAUUAUGCUCUUAAUACAGAUACAGCGGCUGGACUACUGAUUCGCAGUAUUCACCUGGUAACCCAAAGACUCAACUCACAGUGGAGGCAGGACAUGAGUAUCUCACUAGCUGCAUUAGAGCUUCUGUCUGGAUUGGCAAAGGUGAAAGUGGUUGUCGAUUCUUCUGAUCGAAAGAGAGCUAUAAGUUCAGUGUGCAGUUAUAUAGUGUAUCAGUGCAGCCGACCAGCCCCGCUCCACUCCCGUGACCUCCACUCCAUGAUAGUCGCAGCUUUCCAGUGCCUCUGUGUCUGGCUCACUGAGCAUCCUGACAUGCUUGAUGAGAAGGAUUGUUUAAAAGAGGUACUGGAGAUUGUGGAGUUGGGCAUUUCAGGAAGUAAAUCCAAAAGCAGUGAACAAGAAGUCAAGUACAAAGGAGAUAAAGAGCCAAACCCUGCAUCCAUGAGAGUGAAGGAUGCUGCUGAAGCUACAUUAACAUGUAUUAUGCAGUUACUUGGAGCAUUUCCUUCUCCCAGUGGCCCUGCUUCUCCUUGCAGCUUGGUGAAUGAAACCACCUUAAUUAAAUAUUCUCGUCUACCUACCAUAAAUAAGCAUAGCUUCCGUUACUUUGUUUUGGAUAAUAGUGUCAUCCUUGCGAUGCUGGAGCAGCCUCUAGGGAAUGAACAGAAUGACUCUUUUCCGUCUGUCACGAUUUUGAUCCGUGGGACAUCUGGAAGAUUUGCAUGGGCGCAGCAACUCUGUCUUUUACCAAGAGGAGCUAAAGCAAAUCAAAAGACUUUUAUACCAGAACCUCGACCAGCUCCUAAAAAUGAUGUUGGAUUGAAAUACAGUGUGAAGCACCGCCCAUUUCCUGAAGAAGUGGACAAAAUUCCUUUUGUGAAAGCUGACUUAAGCAUUCCUGAUUUGCAUGAAAUUGUGAAUGAGGAACUGGAAGAACGACAUGAGAAGCUGAGGAACGGCAUGGCUCAGCAGAUUAUUUUUGAGACGUCCAUAGAUCAGAAAAGUGAAGAGGAGUGGCUCAAGAAAAGCUUUCCUGAUCCAGUCACGGAGUGUAAGCCCCCGCCACCUGCACAGGAGUUCCAGACAGCACGCCUGUUCCUCUCUCACUUUGGGUUUCUGUCACUAGAGGCAUUGAAGGAACCUGCUAACAGUCGUCUACCUCCUCACCUGAUUGCACUUGACUCUGCUCUUCCUGGGUUUUUUGAUGACCUUGGCUACUUAGAUUUAUUACCGUGUCGUCCUUUUGAUACAGUUUUCAUUUUCUACAUGAAGGCAGGCCAGAAAACAAGCCAGGAGAUCCUGAAGAACAUGGAGUCUUCCAGAAUUGUUCAGCCACACUUCCUGGAAUUCUUGCUGUCUCUUGGCUGGUCAGUUGAUGUGGGGAAGCACCCGGGUUGGACUGGGCAUGUCUCAACAAGCUGGUCAAUCAAUAGUUGCAGUGAUGAAGAAGGACCUGAACAAGAUGAUAUAGUUACUUCAGAAGAUGUUGGGGCAAGUAUCUUCAAUGGGCAGAAGAAAGUGCUGUAUUAUGCUGAUGCCCUGACAGAAAUAGCUUUUGUUGUCCCCUCGCCAGUGGAGUCCCUAACUGAUUCACUGGAAAGCAAUGUCUCUGAUCAAGAAAGUGACUCCAACAUGGAUCUCCUGCCAGGGAUACUGAAGCAGCCAUCUUUGACACUUGAACUCUUCCCCAAUCAUACAGACAAUCUUAAUCCCUCUCAGCGGCUCAGUCCUACUUCCAGAUCCAAGAGGGUACCUCAGGGCCGGACCAUUCCACCAAUGGGACCUGAAACCAAAGUGUAUGUGGUCUGGGUUGAACGUUACGAUGAUAUAGAAAACUUUCCCCUCCCUGAUCUGGUAUCUGAAACUAGCACUGGUGUAGAAACUACAGCAAAUAGUAGCACUUCCCUAAGAUCUACCGCUCCCGAGAAAGAAGUUCCUGUGAUCUUCAUCCAUCCUUUAAACACUGGCUUAUUCAGAAUAAAACUGCAAGGAGCUACUGGGAAAUUCAAUAUGGUUAUCCCACUGGUGGAUGGAAUGAUAGUCAGUAGACGAGCUCUUGGUUUUUUAGUGAGGCAGACGGUAAUAAAUAUUUGUCGGAGAAAGAGGCUGGAAAGUGAUUCAUAUAACCCCCCACAUGUCCGCCGAAAACAGAAAAUAGCAGACAUUGUCAAUAAAUACCGCAACAGGCAGCUGGAGCCAGAAUUUUAUACCUCGCUUUUCCAGGAGGUUGGGCUCAAGAACUGCAACCCCUAGGCCGUUAUCCUUCCAGGACAAUUAGAUCAGAGCUUGGUGGCUACAGUAAUGAAAACAGUUAAGUAGCAACAACAAAUUUCUUCAGCCCACCGGAAUUCAGGAAAUCGUAUUCUCGCACAAGUCAGCAGAUACCAUGUGGGAGCAAUGAGAAAUGAAUCCAAAACAUAGCAGUUGGGACAUUGACUUAAUUCACCUGCCCUCAGAAGAUUACUUAAUUCCAGUCUUCCUGGAUGCUAGCAACCUAAUCUCUUCACUGAAUUGUCUAUUCCACACUAAUGAGGAACAAUAAGUGUCUCAUUCUGUGAGAAGAACACAAAACAGAAACAUCUCUGCAUAAAAUGAUGGAAAAUGAAAUGCGAGCGAACCUGCCUUCAGACAUCUCACUACACCCAUUGGUUACAGGAGACAGGAACAGGAUCUCUUCUUGAAGCCUGCUAUUGAGGGGAGAGUCUGUUUCAGAGCAUUAACUAUCACCUGCAAGGACUUAAGGAGAAAUUCUCAACCCCCUUUCAGAGUUCAACAGAAUCUACUUCACUGCCGGUAGCCAAUUUGUGUACCAAAAGGAAAAGAGGAGGAAAAUUGCUCAAAAACAUCAGGUCAUGAAAUUCAUAGCCAGGGCGCUGUAUUUUACAGUUCCCUCCAUGGCUGGGAGUGAUUCCAUCUGCAUACAAGAUUUCUGUCAUAUUGAGAAUAAACAGAACAGCUGAAAUUACCUGACUUUUAAGGAUAAGUUUUUACUAGAUAAGUGUUCUUGGUUAUGUAUAAACAAGGUCAUGACUUUCAGGUCUGUUGCAAAAUGUCACACUUAAUUUUAGUAGCUUGAUUUUUAUGCAACUGGUUAAUUUAUUUUGAAGUGUCUGUAUCAUCUACUCACCAUUUCCAUAGAAAGUGUAAACAUCACUUGCUUUCCUUCUACUGGAUUGAAAUUUGAGAUUCUGGGGCUGCCUCCUGCCUGAUAUUUAUAGCAUAAGCAGUUUUUGUAGCUUCUACAACACUUUUCAGAAGCUCCUAUUAAACGGACUAAAACUAUUUGAAAGCAAUUCAAGAACUUUUCUUUUUUCAUUAACUUGCCAUUCCAGGAAAGCCCAUUGGGAGUUAUAAUCCAACAUGAAAUUAGUUUGAAGCUUUUGUGCAUGUUUCUCAUUUUCAGCAGCAGUGAUUCCCUUUUAUCAUAGAUCAGACAAUUUCCUCCAUACUGGUGGCCUCUCCCUUGGCUAUGUUCAGGUAGAUGUAUGAGUUGUUGGCUUUCACCUCAACUAAUAUAGGCCAGUGUGGAUUUUGUACUCUUUAAUCAUUGACAGGUUUCCGUUCAAGCUCUCUGCUUCCUCUGUGGACAUGCUCCUGUCUGCUGGACUCUCAGUCUACAAGCUGUCCGUCAGGAAUCUGUCUUUAAAAUGAGGAUGCAGAAGUUGCUUUUAAUGAAAAAGAAGGGUAAGGGGGAGUUUCCUUUUUAGACCGCUUUUCACAUACAGAUGAAGGACUGAAGGAUGUGCAGGGAAGAGUUUACCAAAUUUACUAUUGGAAAUGUAAAAUUAGCUGCAGUGGACAUUGACAGUCUUGGGAGUGCUUUCAGGCUCCUAACACAAUCUUUGCUUGUGUUGCAGUAAUGCAUCAUCACUGGAUACUCCCAUGUAGAUGCGAUUUGUGAUCAUUGAUGGUAACGUGUUCUUUUCCUUCCCAUAAAUAGGUAAUACAAGAGUAUGGAUUUAAGUAGGAGUUUGGGGAGCUCCUCAGAGAGGAGGGAGUGUGUAUAGAGGCUUUUUCAUAUGAAUCAUAGUAAUGCCUGGCAUUCAUUUAAUUUUGAUACUUCAAAGUUACUUUUUGCAACAGCUCUGACUUGAAAGGGUCUUAAUAGUUUCAUUACAACUAACUUGCCAAGGACAGGUACCUUGCUCCUAUCUUUUCAUGUGUUUUUUCCACAAAGAAUUAACGGAAACACAAGCCCCUAAAAAUCCAUAUGAAAGGACUUCCAGGAUGUAAACCAAAGGGGUUUCGGAUGUGCCUGUUGCAGGGGGCAGGCAUACCAACCUCUCAACUCAGGCGCUCUGGAUUUUCAUCUAGAUGAUUCUCAAGUGGAAAAAUGAAACCACACAAUGGAAACCAUUGCAGAAGUAAGCAUGAUGGCUGGCCCAUGCUUAUGUGAUGCCCAAGUUUCAAAUGGCAGGAGGGGCUGCAAGUCAGUCCUGGGGUAUAUGGCAAAGCUGUGAAGAGUAACUUAUGCAGCUUCAUUUCCCUACUAAAGUCUUGCCAAUAUCCAUUUAAUGCACGGACACUAAAUUUACCCACGUUUUCUAUGUACCUCUUGGAUCUAAUUAAUGGCCAAACACACUUUAGUCCACCAGUUUAAAAGGCAUGUUCAAUGCAUGUGUAACAAAAAUAAACAUAUUGAGCAAUCAAGUAUCUGCACAUCUUCAAUAACUUAACACAUACCAUAGCUGUGAGUGUAUAUGUUAUAUGCAAAGUCAUUGGUUUAUAUACUAAUGAGCAGCAAAGGUACUUCUUUCAAGUAUUCAGAUACAGAGUCUGUAACGUAAAGACAUCCAUACUGAGAGGAAACACUGGAUAUGUUCCACAAAGUCCAUGGUAGCCAAACGGAUUGCCUGGAAAUUUUACUUCUUAAAAAGACCUACACUUGGAUGAAGAAUAGUUCUUAGGUGUAUUUCCAUAUUUCUUCUAAAACAAUAAAUAAGGCACCCACUUGAGUAGUAAUAAUAAUGAAAGUAACGCAACUUUUCCAAAAUUUUGAAAGAAGUUAACUUUUGUGCACGUUGUUGCUAUGUCUAUCCCAUAGCCUGCGGUGAGGAAUAGGGCUUUAUAACCUGCUUAAUAUAGCCUUAAUUUAAUUUUUAAAAUCAACUGUUUAACAUGUUGCACAUUAGUGGUAUGACCUGGCUAUUAGUUGCAGCUUUUUUGCUGUCUAGGAAGGUGAACAUUCAAGACGGUCACAGUUUAGUAUAAAAACGUGAUUCUGAAAUGUGUUGUCAUCCUAUUUGGUUUGGAUGAAAGUUGCAAUAGUGAGCACCCAUCUUGGCAGAAACACGCCGUCGGAAUGUAUCUGCAAGGAGUGCCCAUUAUUCCCCAGCGUGCAGAGGGAUGUUUGCUGCCACCUUAAUGAAAGGGAAAACGCACUUUGAGACUGGAAUCUUUGCUCUGUCAAAGUUAGUGGCCAAACUCUUCUGGCUUCAGUCAGUCCAAGACACAACCUUGAGCUAUUUCGCAAAAGCAUUAGAGCGAAUAAGAGGUUUCUCGGUCAUGAUCACAAGAACACUUUACAGUCAAGAAUCCAGACUUUUUUUUUUUUG